CACUACAAAAACCAUUCUUCAACUGUUCUUGUCUAUCUCCACAUCACUUCCAACACACACUCCCUCUUUCUGUUCCACUGAUUCAAAAUCAUUUCUUUUAGUUAUGGUAGCCGAGAAAACCAACAUUACCACCUCUUGUCAGUUUUCUCAACAUGAAGUAGGAAAUGCAUACCAUGUUUCUGACAAGAAGAAAGAAAGAUGGAAGAAGACUCCGUCCAAGGCGCACAACAGCCCGUGUUCUUUUUUGGUCUGGACUCUUCUUCUCUCCACAUGUUUGAAAUCGGUUUUGUGCGAAGAUGAGGGUUGGGAUGGCGUGGUUGUGACGGCAUCAAACUUCUUAGCACUUCAAGCGUUCAAGCAAGAGUUGGUUGAUCCCGAAGGCUUCUUGCGGAGCUGGAAUGAUAGUGGCUAUGGAGCUUGUUCCGGAGGUUGGGUUGGUAUCAAGUGUGCUAAGGGAGAGGUUAUUGUAAUCCAGCUUCCGUGGAAGGGACUGAGAGGGCGUAUCACUGAUAAAAUUGGGCAGCUUCAAGGUCUUCGAAAGCUCAGUCUUCAUGAUAAUCAAAUUGGUGGUUCAAUCCCUUCCACUUUUGGACUUCUUCCUAACCUUAGAGGGGUUCAGUUAUUCAACAAUAGGCUUACAGGUUCCAUCCCUUCUUCUUUAGGUUACUGCCCUUUGCUUCAGUCUCUUGACCUCAGCAACAACUUGCUCACAGGAGCAAUCCCUUAUAGUCUUGCCAAUUCCACCAAACUUUAUUGGCUUAACUUGAGUUUUAACUCCUUCUCUGGUCCUUUACCAGCUAGCUUAACUCACUCACUUUCCCUCACAUUCCUUUCUCUUCAACAUAAUAAUCUAUCUGGUCCCCUUCCUAACUCUUGGGGUGGGAGUUCUAAGAAUGACGAGUUCUUUAGGCUUCGAAAUUUGCUCCUAGAUCAUAACUUUUUCACUGGAAACGUUCCUUCUUCUUUGGGUGGCUUAAGAGAACUCAAUGAAAUUUCCCUUAGUAAUAAUAGGUUUAGUGGAGCUAUACCGAAUGAAAUAGGAUCUCUUUCUAGACUCAAGACACUAGACAUUUCUAAUAAUGCCUUGAAUGGGAGCUUGCCUGCUACCCUCUCUAAUUUAUCCUCGCUUACACUGCUGAAUGUUGAGAACAACCUCCUAGAAAAUCAAAUCCCAGGAACUUUAGGAAGUUUGCACAAUCUUUCUGUUCUAAUUUUGAGUAGAAACCAAUUUAGUGGGCAUAUUCCUUCUAGUAUUGCAAACAUUUCCACUCUUAAGCAGCUUGAUUUGUCACUGAAUAAUCUCAGUGGAGAAAUUCCAGUCUCCUUUAACAGUCAACGUAGUCUUGAUCUCUUCAAUGUUUCUUAUAAUAGCCUCUCAGGUUCUGUUCCCCCUCAACUUGCCAGGAAGUUCAACUCAAGCUCAUUUGUGGGAAAUAUUCAACUAUGUGGAUACAGCCCCUCAACACCAUGUCCUUCACAAGCUCCAUCAGAAGGAGUCAUUGCACCACCUCAUGAAAUGUCAAAACACCACCAGCAUAGGAAGCUAAGUACCAAAGACAUUAUUCUCAUAGUAGCAGGAGUUCUUCUCAUAGUCCUGAUCAUGCUUUGUUGUAUCCUUCUGUUCUGUUUGAUCAGAAAGAGAUCAACAUCAAAGACGGAGAAUGGCAGAGGUGUAGGGAGAACUGGAGCUACGAGGGCAGAAAAAGGAAUCCCUCCUGUUGCUGCUGGUGAUGUUGAAGCAGGUGGGGAGGCUGGAGGGAAACUAGUGCAUUUUGAUGGACCAAUAGCUUUUACAGCUGAUGAUCUCUUGUGUGCAACAGCUGAGAUAAUGGGAAAGAGCACCUAUGGAACUGUGUAUAAGGCUAUAUUGGAGGAUGGGAGUCAAGUUGCAGUGAAGAGAUUGAGGGAAAAGAUCGCUAAAGGUCAGAGAGAAUUUGAAUCAGAAGUCAGUGUUCUGGGAAAAAUUAGACACCCCAAUGUUUUGGCUCUGAGGGCCUAUUACUUGGGACCCAAAGGGGAGAAGCUUCUGGUUUUUGAUUACAUGCCCAGAGGAAGUGUUGCUUCUUUCCUACACGGUAGUGGAACUGAAACAUCCAUUGAUUGGCAAACAAGGAUGAAAAUAGCACAGGACAUGGCUCGUGGCUUGUUGUACCUCCAUUCCCAGGAGAAUAUUAUACACGGAAACCUCACAUCCAGUAAUGUACUGCUUGAUGAGAAUACAAAUGCUAAAAUUGCAGAUUUUGGUCUUUCUAGGCUGAUGACAACUGCUGCUAAUUCCAACGUGAUAGCUACUGCUGGAGCAUUGGGAUACCGCGCGCCCGAGCUCUCCAAGCUCAAGAAAGCCAACUCCAAAACUGAUAUCUAUAGCCUUGGUGUUAUCUUGUUAGAACUCCUAACGAGGAAGUCACCUGGGGUGUCUAUGAAUGGAUUAGAUUUACCUCAGUGGGUUGCCUCCAUUGUCAAAGAGGAGUGGACAAAUGAGGUUUUUGAUGCGGACUUAAUGAGAGACUCUUCAACAGUUGGCGAUGAGUUGCUAAACACAUUGAAGCUCGCUUUGCACUGUGUUGAUCCUUCUCCAUCAGCACGACCAGAAGUUCAUCAAGUGCUACAGCAGCUGGAAGAGAUUAGACCAGAGAGAUCAGUCACAGCCAGUCCUGGGGAUGAUUCUAUAAUAUAGGACAAAUUUUGCAGUGAUAUUUUUUGCCUUCAAUAUUAAAUGUUCUACAAUUCUUUCAUUCUUAUAUUAAUUUGCCCGUUUGAA